UCGCCUCUCCUUCGCCAUAUUUCGUAGAGGAAUGCGCUGGAGGAGAGCGGCACUGAGCCGGUUUACAUCUACACUAAACACCCCGUGCUCUCUAUAACGCCACAAAAAACAGCCAGAGAGGGAAAACAUCAUGAAUAUCUUUAGACUAACUGGGGAUCUGUCUCAUUUAGCUGCCAUCAUUAUCCUGCUACUCAAGAUAUGGAAGACCAGGUCUUGCGCAGGUAUCUCUGGGAAGAGCCAGAUACUCUUCGCCUUGGUUUUCACCACACGAUACCUGGACCUCCUAACGUCCUUUAUCUCUCUAUACAACACAGGCAUGAAGGUUAUCUACAUUGGAUGUGCCUAUGCCACAGUCUACCUGAUCUAUGCGAAGUUCAGGGCAACCUAUGAUGGAAACCAUGAUACUUUCAGAGUUGAGUUUCUGGUGGUUCCUGUGGGCGGCCUCUCCUUUCUGGUCAACCAUGACUUCUCACCGUUGGAGAUCCUGUGGACCUUUUCCAUCUACCUUGAGUCAGUGGCUAUCCUGCCUCAGCUCUUUAUGAUUAGUAAGACCGGUGAGGCUGAGACCAUCACAACCCACUAUCUGUUCUGUCUGGGGGUCUACCGUGCUCUCUACCUUUUCAACUGGAUCUGGAGAUUCUACUUUGAGGGAUUCUUCGACAUGAUUGCCAUCGUGGCUGGUGUCGUCCAGACUAUUCUUUAUUGUGACUUCUUCUACCUUUACGUCACAAAAGUGCUAAAAGGAAAGAAGCUGAGUCUACCAGCAUAAGUGCCAAAGAGAAGAGAGCUGUGUCUUCAUCAGACUUAUAGAGGGGGCACAAACCAAUGAUGCCACAGCAAGAUGCCCAAGACAGAACACUUCACGCCAGAUCACCAUUUAUUUUCUCUCCACCAGGACACCAUUAACCAUCCCCUUACAGAGAUGAGGACGUUUUUGCAAACUGUUCUUCUGUCUUUAGCAUUUUGCAGUACUUUUUUAUUGCUAUUAAAAAAGAAAAACAAGAAAAAAACUUUUCUAUAUGCAAGGUGUAUUGAAAGAUUGAACGGUGUCAUUGUAAAUUUGUCCACGAUUAGAAAUGGUUCCCGGAGUGCUGAGUAAGUCUGUGGUUCAUCACUAUUUAUAAAGUACAUGGCAAAAUCGCUUUUGCUUUCAGCCACUAGUGAGAUUCCCAAAAGAAAAUCGUCUUUCAGAAAUUCACAUUUUUAGUUUCAGUCCGGUCACGUAAAUGCCUUAUGUUUAUGUGCAUAACCAUUUUGUUGAUGACCCAACAGAAAGAAGUCAACUGUAAAUAAAAACUUUUCCAGAUUCAGCACAAAUUUCUCUGUGUGCCCCAUAUCAGUUUGUUCAGGAUGUUGACAUUUAUCAACAGUAUGAUGUGAUAUUACAGCAAGAUUGGCUACUUUAAUCCCUGCGAACAACAGUUUGUUGAAAUGCAGUUAUUUAUGGUAAGACCAUGAAAUUUAGUGGUGUGAAUACUGUUAAAGCACAUUUGGUGUGUGUGAAUAUGUCAUGAGUUUUGUAGUAAUUUCAUUUUUUUUUUGGAAUCCUUGUUUUGUUUAGGUUUAGUGUCUCUGAUGUUUUCCCCACCCAAGUCAUUCCUGUAGGGUUUACAGUUAUUUUUCAAGUUUUUAUGUGUUAAGGACUCCCAAUAAAUAUUUUAAGGGACACUA